AUGGGUGCCAAAGACUCUCCAGCUAAGGCUGAAAACGCUGUCGAUUACCAGCUGGGCUCAGUUACGGCUUCCAACAAACCGUGGUAUCGACAGACCCAUCUCCUGCGACUUAACUUUAUCAUCUUGUCCCUGGUCAUGUUCUCCUCAGCCAAUGGAUAUGAUGGAUCUCUGAUGAAUGGUCUGCAAGCUCUCCCCAAUUGGAACACUUUCAUGGAAAUGCCUAGAGGGGCUUGGCUCGGUUUCAUCAACGCCAUCUACUGGACCAUGAACGGUAUCGCCUUCUUCCUCGCUGCUUGGACGUCCAAUAAAUACGGCCGCAAGUCAGGCCUUUACGCGGGCUAUUUGUUCCUUAUCGCUGGCACUGCUCUUCAAACCGCUGCCCAUAACCCUGCCGCAUUUAUCGCCGCUCGUGGACUACUCGGUGCUGGCGCAGGGUGGUACACCAGCUGCGCGCCACUGCUUAUCAACGAGAUUGCCUUCCCGGCCCAUAGGGCUAUUGCUGCUUCUUGCUUUCAAUGUGGCUUCUACAUUGGCAGCCUUGCUUCGGCAUGGGUGACCUUCGGAACUAGGAACUAUGCAAGCUCUUGGGAUUGGCGUCUUCCAUCUCUACUUCAGAUCCUGCUCCCGGCUUUGGCCUUUCCUGGACUAUUGAUGGCGCCGGAGUCUCCUCGAUGGCUUGCUUCUGUGGACCGGAUUGAGGACGCCAAGCAAGUCGUUGCAAAACAUCACGCCGGAGGAAAUAUGAAUGCCCCACUCGUUGAGCUUGAGACCGAGGAGAUUAUCGACACCAUUAAAGCAGAACAACAGGCUCAUUCUAGCACCAGUUAUACUGAUAUGCUUAAGACAAAGGGCAAUAGAUGGAGGCUUCUCAUCUCGGUCACCCUCGGAGUCUUCAGUCAAUGGAGCGGUAACGGCGUGGUCUCAUACUACCUCGCUCUAGUUCUCCAAACUGUCGGUAUAACUAGCGUCACCAACCAGACACUCAUCUCUGCCUGUCUUCAGGUCUGGAACCUCCUAUGGGCUGUUGGCGCCGCAGUAUCUGUCGAAAGGCUUGGACGACGACCUCUAUUCCUUACUUCUGCCGGGACCAUGUUAGUCAGCUACAUUGUCAUCACUGGAUUAUCCGGUUCUUUUGCAAGCACCGGAAACAGUGCUGUUGGAAUUGCUGUCAUACCCAUGCUUUUUAUCUUCUUUGCCGGUUAUGAUAUUGCCCUAACACCACUCGUGAUCUCAUAUCCUGUUGAGAUCUGGCCAUAUCGCCUUCGAUCCAGAGGCUUCACCGUGAUGUGGAUCUCUGGCAUUUUGGCCGCUAUUUUCAACAUGUUCGUGAACCCUAUUGCGUUGGGAAGCAUUGGCUGGAAAUUCUACUUUGUCUUUAUCGUUUUUCUUGUCGCCUUCUUUGUUGUCGCCUACUUUUUCUAUCCUGAGACUAAAGGCCGUACUCCGGAACAGAUGGCAUUUAUCUUUGACGGUGACGACGCUGAGGUUGUGCCAGCUGAUGUCAAAGUCAAGGACGUGGAAUUGGAGACAGAUAAAUAG